CGUAACAGGUGCGACAACAGAAAAAUAUAAUCUUGUCUCUGUUUUUCUCUCAUAUGAAUGUCAUUAGAAGAAACUUGAUAAGUGUACACAUGAGCCUUUUAAACAGUAUAUACUCGUAGAUGACGUAGGUACGGCUAACAUAUCGUAACAAAAAGAUUUGACCUUUCGACUGAUCAUUUAGUUUUUCCAUAUGAAAAGUGAAAGUGCGCGAGAAUUUGUGUUCAUUUAUGAUUUGAAGGUUACGUUUGAUUAAUUUGAGAAAAAUCAAAAUGUUAUUUAAUACAUAUCGGAAUAUCGAAGAGAAAAUAUUACAAAAUUUGAAAAUAAAUGGCAUAGUGCAUCGAUCCAAAGCAAGCUGUGGAUUAUGGCUUGGAAGUUUAAUAGGAUUGAGCGCAGCAUUAACGUUAUUAAAUGAUAGUAAUAGUUAUUCAGAAAUAUGUUUGGUAACAGGAUUAACAGGUUUUGGAUUACUUGUUAGUAGUUUAUCUCUCUACAUACGGCUUUGUAUAGGAAAGAGUGCAAUUAAAGAUUUUCAUGUUAUUUAUUUCCUACCAGCGAUUGUAACAUCUAUGUUAUAUCUUUUUAUGGCAAACAAAGGAUUGCUGACGAGUGUAAUAUGGGGAUUAAACGUUGGAAGCUUGGGCACCUGGGGAGUCUUACAAUUAAUGUCUAAUUGUCCUGGUUGUUUUACAAUCGGUGAAGCAAUGGUCGUUACGCAUGGAUUUAUUUUAUUCCUAUUGUCAGUUGCUACCAAUAUACCAUUAAGAUAUCAUUUACCACCAAUCCAUAACGAUGAUAUUGUAACUGUUAUAUUACAGAUUGGUAUAUUAUAUGUCUUAUCGAUUUGUAUAUUAUGCAAAAACUUUUUUAUACUACGUUUACCUCGAUACUUUUAUACGAUGGUACUUGGUAUCUUUUUCUUACUCGUUGUACCAUUAUUAUACGUACUCCUCGAUCAGAAUCCUUUAUCAUGGAUAUUAGUUUAUAUCCUUAACAAAACGCACAGAAUCUCGUUGAUAAUAUAUUGGACAAUCUGUUUGUUAUAUUCUGUAUUGAUUAUAAUAUUUCAAAUGCUAUCUGGUGUUCCAGCUACAACAUCUAGCAGAAAAUAUUUUCACAUUGUAGCUGUUUUCGUUUAUGUUCCUGGACUUUUGUAUGAUCCUACGUUAUUGUAUCUUGGAAGCGGUGUUAUAACAGGAAUAUUUAUAGUGUUGGAGUUAACAAGGAUAUUGAAAGUAUCACCUUUAGGAAAUAUGCUACAACAAGGGUUUAAUAUAUUCGUGGACGAGAAAGAUCAUUUAUUAUCGCUGACGCCAUUGUAUUUACUCUUUGGUCUUUCAUUUCCAUUGUGGAUGCCAGCUAAUAAUGCUUCGCUAUUUGUCCUUCUUAGUGGGUUAUUGACUGUAGGCAUAGGUGAUACAGCUGCUAGUUAUUUUGGUAGUAAAUGGGGAAAACAUAAAUGGCCAGGUUUGGAAAAAUCUGUGGAAGGAAUGCUUUGCUGUAUUGCUAGUCAGCUUGCAACGAUUUUUGUCCUUAUUUUCAUGCGAUAUAUCGACGACCAAUGGUUAUUAAGAAGUAUAUCAUCUGUUAUUGCAAUUUCUUUUAUCGAAUCUAAAACCGAUCAAAUUGAUAACUUGGCUCUACCAUUGUUGAUGUACAUUUUUCUUAUUGUUUAAAUGCAGUCCAUUUUUUAGCUAUAAUAGUAUAUAUAUAUAAAUUUAUACUCAAUAUUUUUGAUUAGGAUAUCAAUUAUAUUUUAUAAUACAUUCGAUAUUAGUUUAUCGUAUACAAUGGCAUUUAUUAAUUGAGAACAUAUUUUAUAUUCGCCAUAUUUAUUUUAUAAUUAUAGUACUAAGGAGUAUUAUAAAUAUUUAUAUUAAAUUCAAAUGCCUUAUACACGACAAAAUAUCCGAUAAAAAAUAAAAAGAUAAAAGAAGAAGAAGAAGAAGAAGAAGAAGAAGAAGAAGAAGAAGAAGAAGAAGAAAAAGAUUAAGAUUAGGAUAAAAUAUUGCUAUUCUAUAGAGCAUUUAAGUUUAUUCUCUAAUUAAAUGAUCCCAGAAAGACCUAAUUUAAUAAUAUGUAUGUUAAAUAUAUAUUUAUACAUUAAUAUACAUUUUAUAUCAUAGUUAGAAUCGUUAAAAGCUUUUGUACAAUAGCUUAAUGUGUAAUUUUUGAACAAAUUUGUUGAACUCGUUGUAAUAUCUUUUUUACAUUCCCUUGAUGAAAUUUUGUUAAUCUACGAUCGCGCGCGGAUUUUUAUGAUGACCUAUUAUCGAUCGAAGAAUAUUUUGUUCUAAAGCUAUUUAUAUAAAAUUUACACACAAAAUUUAUUUUUUUGAUAAUAUUUUAUAUUAAUCUAUCACUUAUUAAAAAUGAUAAUAAGUAAAAUAUAUUGUUGUGUGUUAUAAUAUUGUUUAAUAAUGAUUGACAAGCGAGCCGUUUAUUUGUCAAAUCGAUUAAUUUGACUAAACAAAAAUUAAACCAAAUUAAUAAAGUUUAUCAUUUAUCAUUUUGAAGUAAAACUUCUUUUGGCAAGGUAAAACAUACCAAAGAUUAUAGAACAAUAUUUCCUGUAAAUCAUUUCGGAAGGCAAGACACGCAUUUAGAAGAUAUAUUAUGAUAAAAAAAAAAUAAAUGUUAAAUAUAAGAAGAAAAUGUAAUAUAAAUGAAGAGUAAUCUAUAAAGUAAAUCAAUUUUUAUACGAUCCUUGGUAAUGAAAAACUUUGUAUAGUAUUAAAUUUACCGUUAUAUCGUUAGAAAUAAAAUUAUUGAAUAAUUGAAUACGUUUGGCCCAAAAAACAUAUGCACCACGCACGCCAUAUAUUUCCAUAUACAUAGAAUGUUGUGUAUUGUUAUUUCUUUCUUCUUCUGACUCUCCUGGACUCUCCCAGAGAAGAAAAUGAUAAAAGGAUUAUUUUUGAAUGUAAUUUUUAUUGACAACACAGCCUUGAAAUUUUUGCACGGACAGCAUAUUGUUACGCGUCGUGUCUUCUCGCAUAUAUAUAUUGUUCUUCGAGGAGAAGAUAAAUCGUUUCUUUGUCGACUCAUUUAAAAUUAUCUAUCAGCAAUUAUAGGACAUCUUGCGAUACAAUCUUAUAUUAAAGCGAUAUUUGAAAAUUGA